UUCUUGUAGUUCUUUCCACUUUCGUUAUCAGACGAGUUUUAAACAUAAAAGUAUAAUUGUUAAUGUAAUUCCAACAUACAAUAUUAGAAAGUUAUUUAAAUAUCAAUUUCAUCAAUUUAAUUGUCAUUGUUGGAAACAAUGUUUUUGUGAUGAGGCCACAUUAAAAAUUUUGUAUAUUUCCUGUGACAACACGUAGUGCCCAAUAACUGGGGAAAAUGACCAAAGAAAAUGGAUACGUUAAUAACGCUUUUAAUGAGCAUCAAGAUGAGGCGGUUCCUAAUGGGUCAAGAGAUCAAAAUCAAUCAGAGGAUUCGGAUAGUAAAGCCAUUGAACAAUCCAAUCCAGACAGACUAUCAUGGGACAAGCCCAUAGAAUUUCUAAUGUCCUGUAUAGCGAUGAAUGUCGGCUUAGGAAAUAUAUGGCGAUUUCCAUUUGUUGCCUACGAAAAUGGCGGUGGGGCCUUUCUUAUUCCUUAUAUUUUGGUGUUAAUGCUGAUGGGAAGGCCGAUGUAUUAUUUGGAAGCAUGUUUAGGACAAUUCGCUAGUAGGGGUAAUGUGAAAAUAUUCGAGAAUUUAGCACCAGCACUCAAAGGUGUAGGCUUUGGUCAACUUGUGGGAACCAUAUGUGUGGCAACUUACUAUUGCUCGUUGAUGGCAAUUACUUUGUUUUAUUUAGUAAACUCUUUUUCUGCUGAUUUGCCAUGGGCAUCGUGUAAUCCUGAAUGGGAUUCUGUAGAGUGGGUAAAAAAUGAUAAUAUAACAUGUAUCGCAUCGAAUUCCACUUCAACUGUAAGUAAUACAACGAAUACAACGUCAGGUAGUGAAAUGAGUUCGGCCGAAUUAUAUUUCAGGAUAGACGUUUUAAAAGAAUCUGUCGAUAUCUCAGAUGGUAUUGGAACUCCAGAUUGGCAGCUCGCAUUGUGUUUGCUGGUUGCCUGGGCCAUUACCUUUGGUGUUUGCGCUAAAGGUGUUCAGAGUUCCGGAAAAGCAUCCUAUUUUCUAGCCCUUUUUCCAUAUGUGGUUUUACUGGCAUUACUCAUACGUGCCGUUACAUUGGAAGGUUCUGGCACGGGGAUACUGUAUUUUAUCAAUCCCAAAUGGGACAAACUUCUGGACGCCAAGGUUUGGUACAACGCAGUAACCCAAUGUUUCUUUUCACUAAAUAUUGGCUUCGGAUCUGUAUCUAUGUAUGCUUCUUACAAUGGAUUUAGACAUAAUGUUUACAAGGUUGCAAUGGUUAUUACGACGCUAGACACCCUAACUUCGUUACUAGCGGGAACUAUAAUUUUUGGAAUAUUGGGAAACUUGGCAUCUAAAAUGGGGGUGGAAGUAUCUGAGGUGGUAAAAUCUGGUGGAACUGGUCUUGCAUUCAUUUCGUAUCCUGAAGCGCUAGCAAAAUUUGAAGCCGUACCAUGGCUUUUUGCAAUUCUAUUCUUUCUGAUGCUGUUCGUGCUAGGAGUAGGCAGCUUAGCAGCUCUGCAAGGAUGCGCAUUUACAGUGGUGAUGGAUGCAUUUCCAAAACUAAAAAUAUGGCAUGUGUCUUUAGGUACAGCAGUUGGCGGAUUCGUCAUUGGUCUAGUCUACGUAACACCUGGUGGCCAAUGGAUAUUUUCAAUGGUAGACUUUUUCGGUGGAACUUUCAUAUUUUAUAUUAUGAAUAUUGUUGAAGUUGUUGCAAUCUUCUGGUGGUAUGGCCUUGAAAAUGUAUGUCAGGAUAUCGAAUUUAUGACGAAAAGGAAGCCUGGUAUCUACUGGAGAGUUUGCUGGUGCCUUGUAAUUCCCUUAGUGUUAAUAUGUGUAUUAGUCUACUUUUUAGUCACAUUUGAGCCCUUGAAAUACGAAAGUAAAGACUUUCCAGUGAAAAUAUCAGUAUGGGGUUGGGCUCUACUAGCAUUUGGCAUUUUCCAACCCAUACUUUGGUUUGCCAUCGACUUUUUCAGAAAAAGAAAAACAUAUGAAAACAGCAAACAGGCUAUCCAGUCAAUGUUUAGGCACACUCACUGGGGACCAAAAGAUCCAAAGCUACAUCAAAAGUGGAAAGAAUUCAAAAUCCUUAGGAAUGCUGAUAGAGUGCUAAAAUUGAGAGGAAAAACUCGCGACAAGAUUUGUGUUCUAAUUGGCAAAUAACCCGAACUAACUGAAGUUCAUUUAAAUGUAUAUUUAAUUGUUAAAUCCUAGUUACCUUAUUUAUUAAUAUGGAAAUAAAUUAUAUUACGUAGAAAAA